AUGGUGCUAGGGUGGAUGUUCGCUGUCCUCCUGCUGGCCGCCGUCUCGUCUCGCCAUCAGCGGCCUCGUCUAUCUAUCACCGACCUCAACAAUUCAUCUGAUAUUUCUAUUAUUAUGUCUAACAUCGAAUUUGUAGAUGUCGAAGAAUAUUAUACACUUACAGAUAAAUCUCGUCACAAGCGAGAAUCUCACCCUCUGAUCGGUCCCUUCGACAUGUCGAAGAUGUCUAGAAAUAGAAAACGUCCCAGAGCCGACAAGCAGCUGCAGCCGACCGCUUCCCUGCUUCUCUCAAACGUAUCUGUAUCUGAUGUCUCUCAAGCUACGUCGUCUACUCCUGAUAACACUAAAAAUGAAAUCACAACCGAGUACAUCACCGACACUAAAAAUACACCCAAAGAAAAUAUACUAUUGAAUAAUUUAGAAAGAAGUACAAUGAAUAGUUUACUUGAAGGUGACACAAAAAAUAUUAAACUCGGGAACAUUACUUCGAUAGUUGAAGGAAAAUCAAAAAUAAGAAAUAAAAUGCCAAGGAAAUCUAAAAGUGUUGCGGCAAGAAAACGUGUUUUAAAUAUUAGAAAUAGUGCUGAAAGUUCAGUGAGAACCAGUGACUUACGACUGUUGAGUAAGAAAAAAACUGACAAUGAAAGUUUAUGGGCAGUGAAACAUGCAGCGGUCGUGGAAGGUGACAUCAUACUUGGAGGACUUAUGAUGGUCCACGGACGGGCCGGCGGCUCCUCCAGCUGCGGUCCACUGAUGGCUCAAGGCGGGGUGCAGGCGCUCGAGGCCAUGUUGUUUUCCUUGGACGAAGCUCAGAGAGCUGGACUCGCGCCGCCGGGAGUCAGGCUCGGAGCGCUCGUGCUGGAUGACUGUGACAGUGACACUCGGGGACUGGAGAUGGCCUUGGACUUCAUUAAAGGUUCGAUUGGCAACAUCGACGACGAGGAGUACGCUUGUAACGCCACAACCGUCAGGAAAGUGAUCACGGGAGUAGUGGGCGCCUCUUCUUCAGUGACUUCCGUACAAGUAGCGAAUCUGUUGCGACUCUUUAAGAUACCCCAGGUAUCAUUCUUCUCGACUUCUCCGGAAUUGUCUAACAAAGCUCGUUUCGAGUAUUUUACAAGAACUAUUCCUUCCGACCUUCAUCAAGUCCGAGCUUUGGUUGAAAUUGUGAAAAAGUUCGGUUGGAGAUAUGUCUCUAUCAUAUAUGAAGAAUCCAAUUAUGGUAUAAAGGCAUUUGAAGAGUUGGAAACUUUGCUUUUACGUGAAGACAUCUGUAUCGCAGUCAAAGAAAGAUUGGUGAAGGACUCAGGUGCGGCCGACGACCGAGCCUACGAUACUAUAGUAGAACGCUUACUAUCUCGACCGCGGGCCCGAGGUGUUAUCGUGUUUGGGUCGGACCAAGAAGUGGCAGGAGUGAUGGCGGCGGUGGGUAGGCGCGGGGCGGCGGGGUCUUUUGGCUGGGUCGGGUCGGACGGCUGGAGCGCCCGUGCGUUGGUCGCUGCUGGAAACGAACCUGUCGUCGAGGGAACAAUCAGCGUGCAGCCACAAUCCAAUCCCGUCAGAGGCUUCCGAGACUAUUUUCUUUCGCUCACUCCUCGGAACAACAUUCGUAACCCCUGGUUUGUCGAAUUUUGGGAAGAACAAUUUCGCUGUCGUUACCCCGGCAGCCCACGCUCUCGUACCAACGCUCAGUACGAGCCCUGUUCUGGUACGGAACGUCUUUCUGUCGACAACACGGAAUUCGAAGCCCAGCUACAGUUCGUCACUGACGCCGUGUGGGCGUUUGUUUAUGCUAUUCGGGACAUGCAUAAGGAUGCGUGCGGUGGUAAACCGGGACUGUGUGACGAGAUGCGACCUGUUAGCGGCCCCGUAUUGUUGCGAUACUUGCGACAAGUGCGAUUUAUAGGUCUUAGCGGAGACGAGUUUCAUUUCGACUCACAUGGUGACGGACCAGCUCGAUACAAUAUUUUACAUUUCAAACAAGUUUCACAAGGAGUCUAUCGUUGGGUUAAAGUGGGUCGCUACCUUGAUGGAGUAUUGGAAUUGAAUAUGGACGAAAUUCAAUUUAAAUGGGAUCAACCAAAACACCCAGAAUCAGUUUGCAGCGCUGAAUGUGACACGGGACAAGCAAAACAAUAUGUGGAAGGAGAGAGCUGUUGUUGGCACUGUUUCAAUUGCACUCAAUAUGAGAUCCGGUCUCCAUCGCUGGAGACGUCCUGUGUGGCUUGUCCUCUUGGCACUCUUCCUGACGCGCGCCGCAUGCACUGCGCUCCCGUGCCCGAGCUCUACCUCCGCCCCGACACGCCCGCAGCUAUCGGCGCCAUGGCUUUUUCAUCAUUGGGGAUACUCUUGACAUUGGUCGUGGGUGGUGUGUGGAUCGCCCGUCGUGGUACGCCUGUGGUACGAGCGAGUGGUCGUGAGCUGAGCGGUGUAUUACUCGCCGGUAUAUUCAUGUGUUACCUCGUCACCUUUGCGCUCGUAUUGCGACCUACUGACUUCCUCUGUGCUGUACAGCGAUUCGCAACAGGUUUUUGUUUCACCGUGAUUUAUGCAGCUCUCCUCACCAAAACGAACAGAAUAGCUCGUAUAUUCGAUGCCAGCAAACAAUCUGCGCGUAGGCCCUCACUAAUUUCACCCAAAUCUCAACUUCUUAUUUGUUCUAUUUUGGUGUCAAUUCAGGUCGUCAUCGUGGUCGUAUGGCAGUCGGCGUCACCGGCCCGCGCUAUUCACCACUAUCCUACUCGCGAAGACAACAUGCUGGUUUGUGACUCUUACGUCGAUGCGUCUUAUACGAUCGCUUUCUUUUAUCCCGUCGUACUCAUCGUCGUCUGUACCGUGUACGCCGUUCUCACCAGGAAGAUACCUGAAGCUUUUAAUGAGAGCAAACACAUUGGAUUCACAAUGUACACGACCUGUGUCAUCUGGUUAGCAUUCGUACCUCUAUACUUCGGCACCUCAAGUCAAGUGCCGCUGCGCGUUACGAGCAUGGCGGUCACCAUAUCACUGAGCGCCAGUGUCACGUUGGCCUGUCUGUUCGCACCUAAGAUGCACAUCAUACUGUUUCACCCAGAACGUAAUGUUCGUGGCACCUUGACGGCGUCCCGGUGGCGCGGGAGAGGCACGGCGCCGGGCGCGGUGUGCGCCGCUCUGGUGGGAGCCGCGCCUCUCCCUCGCUCCGCUCACACUCCGUCCACUGACCUCUCCACACUCGACGUCACGGAGCGGUCGACGUCGACGGAUCGUCAGGUACAGACGGACGAAAUCGAGCCACUGCCUCGUAAUUGUGCCGUAGAACGGAAUGGUCUCCAUUUAGAUCCAAACAAAUUAUCCGAACUGACUUGCGGACUUCCCACUUUCGAUGGUGUGGCCAUUAGACGCCGGCCAAGAGACGAGUGCACAGCGAGACUCGCGGUCGCUGUGGUCGGAGCUCGGACGGGGUUAUAGCAGGAGCGGCGGGAGACACGUCUGCCGGUGUUUGUUUGAUGAUGUUAAACAGACUGCUAAUAAAGUGUGUUCUCUCGGAGUCUUGGUCUCUGGUCAGGUGUUUCUGUUAAUUCAACUAUGUAAAUAUUUUAAUGGAUGACG